AUGGCUACUGAUAAGACUGAGCUGCUGAAAGUUGAAAUAUAUUUAAAACCAUCGAAUUCUUCAAAAACGGACAAUAUUAAAAAUAUUGAAUGUAAGCCAGAGACUAAACCUACGGACCACAAUAAUGAUUCUUAUGGUAAUAAAGAGUCUUAUGAAGAAGAUAAACUUGUUCGUAACAAGCCCAAGACUUCGGUAGAACGUGAAAAUGUUUCAUACCUCCGACAAAAGCAAAUUGGUGAAUAUAAAACACUUCUUCUGAAAGAAGAAAGAAUGAAGCGUAUCAAUAGACGAAGACAACUGGCUGGAUUAGAGCCUGGGAGUAGCGAUGUAGAAGUGCUGCCACGUAAAAGGAAAAGAGUUAGUUUUGAAUUCUAG